CAAGAUGUUGCGCUGUGUUGUUGGACACAGCGGUUUACCUGGAUAAAGUGUAGCAUUGCUGUCGGGAAUUUGAAAAAACGGGAUUAGAAAGAGGAAAAGGUUUUACUGUGAAAACAACAAACGUGGUAACCGUAAUUAGUUUUAGACUGGGGGAUGAUGCACACCACCCGCAGUCCCGUAUCCAUCCAGGUGGGUGGCGCUGGCGAGGCUCUGGACCUGAGCCUGAGCGGAUCGCAGCUGUCCAUGGGCCGCAGACCCAGCAGCGCCUCCCCAGGGAAACACUUCUGCCGCUCCGUAUCUGUGUCUGUGGCCGGUGAUGGACGCGGCAAACGUAACACGCUGUAUGACACUGGUGUUGGGAGUUCCCGUGCCGUUAAGAACCUGCGCCGAUCCAACAGCACGACGCAGGUGAACCAGCAGGCCAACAUUAGCCUCAGUGAGGAGCAAACGGAAGACUUCAUGGCUCUGUUCGACAGUAGUUCUGACGGCAGGCGAAAGCUAGCAAGCCUCACCAAGGCCCCCCCAGACCGUACCACAUGGAAUGUUCUGGACGAGCAGACGCGAGCCUUCCCCCUACCUUCCAGUGCCCGCAGCACCUGCAGUGUGGAUUCCCCUGCAGCCCUGAAAAAGAGAGAUUCUGGCGUCUCUCUGGCUGCCAACUUCACCGCUAACAACAGGAGCAAUAAAGGUGCAGUGGGUAACUCUGUGACCACCAUUCUGCACAACAACCACUCCGAGAAGCCCCUCACACCCAAGAGCUCCAAUCAGAAACCUUGUUUCAAUAACAUAAUCAAGGCUACAGUGAAUGAUGAGGGCACUCAGGAGGGUGCUUCCCUCACUAAGUCACAGAAGAACUUCUCCUCCACUUCGUCUGGCUCCAACAACAACGCGUCUGUCUCGCGUGGUCCCCACAGCCCACGGUCUGCCUGCAGACGAGAGGUCACAGAGGAGGAAGCUGAAAGGUUCAUCCAGCAGGUCAGCCACGCUGCAGUCACUAUCCAGCGCUGGUUCCGUCGGCAUGCCAACCGGAGGAGAGCCAAUGAGGCUGCCCUACGGCAGAUGCUCGCUUCCAAAAAGAAGGAAAGGGAACAGCAGCAGGAAGAAGAGAAGGUGAUGGAACCACAGAAGAAGAAAGAGGAGGACAGGAAACGUAUCAGAGAAGAGAAGGCUCGCCUGGCCCGACUGACCGCUGUCCGGGAACUGCAACAGAAGAGGGCCCAGCGUGCUGUAGCGGUGCAGAAAACAGUAGAAGAGUUGGAUGCCCCGAGGCAUGCUGGCAAGGUGGGGUGUGAAACAGUCGCCCAGAGUUUACCCACCUCCCCUAUAGCCGCCAAGGCUAAGAACACGGAUUCCACUGUGAAUUUGGUGGGCGAGCCGGAAGAUGGCACUAUGAUGAGGGCGGAGUCACCGGCAGCUUGGACGCGAAGAGGCUCGCGGUGUUCUCAGGAGAUUCUACAGAGGUCUGUAAGUGUGGAGGACCAACAGCAGGGGGCGCCAUCGAGCAGAGCUCAUUCCAAAACCACUCUCAAUGACCUGCUUGACUCCCUCAAGCUGUUGGAGGAGGAGCCAGAGGGCUUGAGGGAGACCAAGACCUACAGGAAGGAUAAGUACGCCUGGGUCGACGAGGGCGGCGCCUCCAUCUCUCUCACCACGGAUAACGUGGAACGGCACGGGCAGCUGAGCCAGACCCCUGCCCUGCCAGAUGGGGGCGCUCUGCUGUCCGAGGCCAAGCUGCAGAGCAUCAUGAGCUUCUUGGAUGAGAUGGAGAAGUCGGAGCAGGAGAGGCCGCGCUCCGUCACCUCCGGAUCACACCGAGAGGCCCUGCUCUCUGAGGAGGAGCUGGCUGGAGUUGAUCAGGCUUCAGCGACUGCUGCUGAGGUCACCGGCUCCAUGAUGAGACUUAAACUGGAGCUGGAGGAAAAAAGACGCACAGUCAGCAUGUUACAGAUUGCUCUGGCUCGGCAGAAAGAGCUUACCCUGCACCACGUGAAGGAGACGGAGAAGCAACUGACACACACCUUCCACCUGCAGAAACAGCAGUAUGAAGCCACCAUCCAAAGACACCUGGCUUUCAUAGACCAGCUGAUCGAUGAUAAGAGGGCGCUGAGCGAGCGCUGCGAGGGCGUGGUGACUGAGCUCAAACAGGUCGACCAGAAGUACACAAAGAAGAUCAACCAGAUGCAGGAGCAGCACGAGCUGGUGUGGCAAAUUCUGGGUCCAUUGUGUGAGGAGAUUAAGAAGCUGAAAGAGCUGAUGAGUGCCACCGAAAAGAUCCGCAGAGAGAAAUGGAUCGACGAGAAGACCAAAAAGAUCAAGGAGAUCACCGUCAGAGGUCUGGAGCCAGAGAUCCAGAAGCUUAUCUCCAAGCACAAGCAGGAGCUGAAGAAGUUGCGCAUGCUGCACGAGGCUGAGCUCCUGCAGGCAGAUGAGAGAGCCGCGCAGCGCUACAUCCGCCAGGCUGAGGAGCUCCGGCAGCAGUUGGAGAGAGAGCGAGAUGAAGAGUGCCAGAGAGAGAGGGAGCUCGCCAAGCAGAGGUUUGAAAAGCAGCUGCAGGAAGAAGAAAACACCCUGCAGCAACAGAGACGGCGACUGUAUAAGGAGGUGGCCGAGGAGAAAGAACAUCUCAAUCAGCUAGCUGUAAGGCAGCGUGAGGAGCUGGAGGAGUUGAGGACUCAGCUGGAGACCAACAGCUCUCUGGCCAGCCGCACGCUGAGGGAAGAAAUGGAGAAGAGCCGGGAGGAACAGGAGCGGCGCCAUCAGGUUGAAAUGAAAGCCCUGCGGGAACGCAUGGAGAUUGAGAAACGGACAUGGGAGGAAAAUUACAUGAAAAAAGAGGAUGCGUGGCUGCUAAGCAGAGAGAGAGAGCUGAAAGAAGAAGUGCGUCGGGGGCGGGACAAAGAGAUCGAGCUGGCCAUUCAGAGGCUGGAAGAAGAAACCAGCGGCGCCAGGGAAGAAUGCGAGAGAGCCGCUGAUAAUCGUGUAAAGCGUGUAAGGGAGAAGUAUGAGGCAGAGCUGCAGGAGUUUGAACGGUCGGAGCGGGCGGCGCUGGACAAGCAGCAGGAGAUGAAGAAGAGGCAGAGUGAGCUGGAGGGAGAGCUACUCCACCUGCAGACGCUCCUCAGACAGAGAGAGCAGGACAUGGCCGACGUCACCCAGAUCCGUGACAAGCUGGCGGAGGAGAGGCGGAGCCUCGCGGAGGUCAUCCGGCAGGACUUCGCCGAGCGCCUCAUCACAACCGAAGAGGAGAACCGAAGGAUGAAGGUGGAGGUGGCAGAAGUGCGCGCCCGGCUCCGCUUGGAAGUGGAGCGGCUGAGCAGGGAGAAGGAGGAGGAGCUGGCGGAGGUGCACCAGCGGGUAAAGUCAGCCGUCCUAAAGAAGGAGGAAACCGUCAACAGCUUACGAAAGCAGCACGAGGCUGCGUUGAAGAGGGCAGAUCACCUGGAAGCACUGUUGGAACAGCAGAGGAAACAGCUGUUGGGGAAAUGAUCGACCAGCGAGGAGGUGGCGAGCCUCCCUACCCCCAGUGCCCACGACGAGCCGACAGACUAGGACAGCGAGACCAUUACACCGCCACUUUUUCUCCCGGCCUUUCCCAUGGGAACAGCUGCACAGAGAGAGUGGGGGCUUUUUCAGUGCAGACUCCAUCAGAGUCGCCUUUGUGUUUCUGCCAUUCUCUUCCCCUUGGACUAGACUGUGGCCUUGUCCUUUUGCAUCCUGCCACACACGCACACGCACGCAUGCACACAAAUGGAAAAAAGCUGGAGGGGAGCAUGGGGGAGGGGCUGUUUUGAAGUACUUUUGUGCCGGAACUUGCUUUGUCCGCCUGAGCAGAGAGCUGCUGUGAGUGGGGGUGUAGAGGCCCCAUGCUGGGCGCCGAGCCCUUCAUAGUAAAGCAUUUCCAGAUGUUCCCAGAGCACAGCACUGUCGUCUCUCCCCCGCCCCCUCGCCCAUCGCAGGCUUCUGUGCAUGGUUUCUCCCCUGAAGGCAGAGAACAAAGCUGAAGAGUGACUUCACAGUUUGAUUUUUAAACUCGGUUUGUUUUAAAGGUUCUCUGCUUUAAAUAUGUGAAAGUGAUGUGUGUUAAUAACAAGUUCAAACCCUGCGCGAGUUUAAAAAGUGCUUUUCACUCCAUCAGACCCCCCGCCCGAAAGAAGGCAGCCUUCCUACUUUUGCCUCACACAGAUGCCAACCCCCCCCCCCGUGCUGAUCUAGUCUAGUACUGAACUGGGAUCAGCCCUGAGAUCUAUCACAUGCACGCUGAAGGACAUGCCCAGCCCUGCUCUGGACCUGCCUCACAGGUGUCUGUGUAGCAUUGUUUAAUAAUGACCACAGAACUACCCUAAGUAGUGUUUAGAUAAGAGAAGAUUCUGGAAGCUUUGGAAUGUUGAUCGAGAUGAAGGGAAACCUCAACUGUGUUUUGAGCAAGUCCACAGAUAGAUCGGGUUUAUAGCAGAAUGCAGCUCCCAGCGUACUGGGGACCCACAGCAUGUGAGGGAGAGAAGGCUACAGCAUGUACAGAGAGGAGAGAGGGAACAAAGCCAUAAUUAGAGGGGUUUGGCGAUCCAGACAGGCAUACCACAGCAGGGCAGGUUUGCAUGUGUUCAGGCCAAUGCUCUCGGCACGCAGUGUGCAUGUCUCGGACAGCCCGGAGAGCAUGAGCGGCAGGAUGUGGUAAAGUGCCCAGAGGGCAGAGCAGGAGAGGGGGCCCUCAAACGCUCAGUGCCCUCCUCUCGUGCCCCUCCUCAAUCUCGCGCGCUCUCUCUCUCUCACACGCGCACACACACACUCUCUUUUUCCCAUUCUCGCUCCUCAUUCGCCAGUCCUACACUGGUCGAUCCAGUGAAACGUCCUUUCUCAAGUUUGGCUGUUUUGUGUGGAAUGUACUUUGAUUUGCCUUCUUGAUUCGAACCCUUUCUCUGCCUCUGAAAGGGCCCAGUGAGUCUGAAGAGCUAUGCUCAUUUGGGCUUGCACCACUUACGAACGGGAGCAGCAGAAUUUUGUUUCAGCUUGGAAACCCUCCCCUGCUCCUGAAAGACCAUACGGCUGGUGGCUGAGGAGGAAAAACCCCAUCGCAUUUUACUGGUGGAACGUACGGGCUAGAUGUUGGCCCAGGUGGUGGGACAAGUUUAUGUCACAGGCCAGUGAAAUAUAUAAGUUUUAAUCCACACUUUGUUUAGCUUUGAUAUUUAUUGAUCUUGUAGUAAAUGCCUUUAUUAGAAAGGCUGACUGACUCCACUCGCUUCUAUAUGGGUGAGCAGCUCGGUCAUGUAUGUGCGUAAGCGAAGCCAUAGCCGGUUCUGUGCCAUGUCUUUUAUGAAAAGCCCCGUGUCUGGCCUUUUGAAAACUGUACAGUUAUUACUGAUCACUCGUACCAUUCUUGGAUGGGUUUUAGUCAGAUUGUUCUGAUGUGUGCUAGGUGAUGAAUAAUGAUCUGGUGAGAAACGUCUGGGUGAGUGGCGGGGGUUCUACUACUACUACUACCACCACCACCACCACCAUCAUCACCCGCCAUUACUGUUCAGAGUGAGAGGAAAGCAUCCCUUUCCUAUGAAAAUGGUUUAAUCUAGCAGUGCACUGUCCUCCUACCCAUUACACGGUUCACUCACGAGAGACAGGCCUCUGUUAGUGUUAGCAUUAGCCUUAGCCUAGGCCAGAGCUAGUGUACUGGCACCAGCAUGGAUACUGAGAUCUAUUUCAGUCAUAGUUUUUAGGGGUGAGGACUCCAUAAUUCCGCCGAUAAGCAAUUUAUAAGGGAACACUAAUGAAGUGUGUGUUUGCGUGCAUUUGUGCGUGCAAGUAUGUACGCUCCAGAUUAAAAGAGCAUGUCAUUUGAACCCCAGUGAAAGGUUCAUGUAUAAUGCCAAUUAGAGAAAUGUUUCAAACAGUAGGCCCAGAGGUGAGAGCUGAGCGCAGGCAGCUCAAGUGGGUCUCAGCCUUGGUGCCAGUGUGGGUGGAAGCAUGGCUGGCGUUGCUGGCGCAUGCACGUACCACUCAUGCCAAUGAGUCCUUGUGUUCUCACCCAAUCGCCACUUGCCUUUCGUUUCUUUUUCACUGUUCAAUGACCAAAGUCAUUUAAAUUGUUUUCUUUCCAUGUCUAAAGAUCUGAAUUUUGUCUCUUGGUCAUCGUCAUUAUAAAUUGUGCAUAAUCUGUUUUGACAUGUCAUUUCUUGUAGCUACUGCCUUGGUUCCCAAUUAUUAUAUUGUGAAUGUAGUUGUUUUGGCCAUCAUGAUUAUGGUGAUUUUGAAACUGUGAAAUAAAACUCCUUUGACUUGG